CAUUGUCCACCAAACUCUCUCCUUUCACUUUCAAAACUCAUCACAAAAAAAAGAUAAUAAAUAAAAAAAAAAUUAUUACCUCAUCAAAUCUCCUACACCCCCAACCCAAUGAUCCAAUAAAUCUAAGACCUUCCAAACCCUCAAAGCUAAUCACUCUUCUAGCUCUCCAAAUGGACAGAAACACCAACUCAAACUCAAACUCAAUCCCACAAGGCCUAACCCAAGAAGAAUACACUCAACUCCAACCCUUAAUAAAUGCAUACCACAUGUUCGACAAAAUGCCCAACACAUGCACCUCACUAAUAACUCAACGCAUCGAGGCGCCCGCCCACGUGGUCUGGGCUUUGGUACGGCGGUUCGACAACCCACAAAGGUACAAGCAUUUCAUCAAGAGUUGCAGCAUGAUCGGUGACGGAGGUGUUGGGAGUAUCCGUGAAGUUAACGUUAUCUCGGGCAUCCCGGCGUCCACGAGCACCGAAAGAUUGGAGCUGGUGGACGAGGAGAGGCAUAUUUUGAGUUUUAGAGUUGUGGGUGGUGAGCACAGGUUGAAUAACUAUCUUUCGGUUACUUCGGUUAAUGAGUUUAGUAAGGAGGAAAAGGUUUACACAAUUGUGUUGGAGUCUUAUGUUGUUGAUGUUCCUGAAGGGAAUACGGUAGAUGAUACCAAGAUGUUUACGGAUACGGUUGUCAAGUUGAAUUUGCAGAAGUUGGGUGUGGUGGCUAUGGGCUGUCUGCAUGGUGGUGAAUCAUAGUGGUACUGGUGGUGGUGGUGGUCAGGAAGAAGAUAAUGGUUGGUGACGUUGGGAGACUUGUGAGCAAGGCCAAGACUCAUGGGAAACAUGUGAACAUGAAGCUACUUCUUUGAUUCGUGGUUUGGGUGUUCCGGUUCCACUCGUUUUGACUUUUUUUAAGUCAAAUUGCUAACCACGAUUUUGAAGAACGAAAAUUCAAAAAUGUCCAAUAACAAUCUUGUUUCACAGUUUGAA